CGAGCGUUUGAAGAGCGACUUGGACCGGCUGGAGGCACGGCGCGCACGCGAAGCCGAGGAGGCGAAGCAAAAGGCAGCUACUGAUCAAAUUGCAGUGUUUAAAGCCAAUGCGGAAGUAAGGGACAUUCAAAAGAAACUCGAGGAAAAAGAAAAUGCCUUGGCAGACGCCCAAAAAGCGAAAAACGCAGAGAAGGAAAGUCGCAUCAAGGGACAACUGGCACUGUUUCGCCGUCAAGCACAAAACUCGGUCUUGCAGAGGAACCUUCAAAAAGAGAAGGAAAACGAGGAGUCGUUGAAGAAUGCCGCGAAGGAGAAAGAAGAGAGCCUCAAGCUGGAGCUUGCAAAAGCUGUUCAAAAAGGUACAACUGAUGACUUUUUGAUGUUCUGCUUUAAUAUCUUCUUUCUCGUUCUUCUUAUCUUGUUGCAACAUGAUCAUCAUCAUGCUUAAAAAUAUUGUCAUACGAUAUCGCUUGGUUUUCCUUUUCCAAAUCCAAGCUCAUGUUCUCGAUCUCCCUCAACCAACAACUUGCAGGUGACGAACUGCAGCAAAAGCAACUGCGGAUGGAGCUCGCGAUGCAGAAGAAGAAUCUUGAGCUCCGAACUCGAGAGGAGGCUCUGAACGUCGAACUCGAGCGAGAGAAUCAGCUUCGCGAGGAGGCGGAUCGAGCCAAAGCAGAGGAAGAAGAGAUCAAGCUCAAAGCUGCACAGGAGAAGGAGCGCGUGGAAGCCAACAAAAUCGUCGUCCCUCCAGAAACAGUGGUGAAAGAGGAGUUCGAAGAACUAGUGAGGCAGUCUGAGCUGAUCCAUGCGGCUGACUUUGCGAAGUUGGAGCAGACGGCCGAAGAAGCUGGAGACACGUUGCGUCGCGAGCACGAACGUCGUGUAGCGAACGAUGCGG